AUGCCAAUCGAUUCUAUUGAAUCUGACUAUACUGAGGAUAGUAGUCAUCUCAGUGAGAGAAUUGCAAAAUUCUCCAGUGGUGUUGCUGUCAUUCAGGUUGGAGCACAAACAGAAACCGAACUAAAAGAAAAGAAAUUAAGAGUGGAAGAUGCUCUCAAUGCAGCAAAGGCAGCUGUUGAAGAAGGCAUUGUAGUUGGGGGAGGUUGCACCUUAUUGAGACUUGCAGCAAAAGUUGAUGCUGUAAAAGAGACUCUCGAGAAUGAUGAACAGAAGGUUGGAGCAGAUAUUGUUAAAAGAGCAUUGAGCUAUCCAAUGAAGUUGAUUGCCAAGAAUGCUGGGGUCAACGGGAGUGUUGUCAUGGAAAAGGUGUUGUCAAAUGACAACCCUAACUAUGGUUAUAAUGCUGCAACUGGAAAUUAUGAGGAUCUGAUGGCAGCUGGUAUUAUUGAUCCUAAAAAAGUGGUAAGGUGUUGCUUGGAGCAUGCAGCUUCUGUUGCAAGGACAUUCCUCACUUCGGAUGCAGUGGUCGUCGAAAUCAAGAAGCCUGAACCUUUGCCUACUGGAAACCCUAUGGAUAAUUCAGCUUAUGGGUACUAAACUAUUAUGCGCAUCGAUCCUUGUCUGAACUUUGCAAGUUGCUGCAAAUUCAAGUAUGAUCAACGAAAUUCUGUAUUUGAAUUGAUAAUGCAUUUAGCAGUAGGUCUGCUGAAGCAAGAUUCCCCGUUGUGGACAUUGUUGAAACUAAGAUAAUUCAAGGGAAGAAAAUGUCAAUAUCCAA